AUAGGAGAGGGGGAAGGAAAGGGUAGAGGUGGCAAACCAGUCGGACUAGUCUGCGGAACUGGAGACGCAUCAGGCAAAAAUGACAGAGUGUUGAGGGAGCAAUAGAGAGAGAGAGAGAGAGAGAGAGGGUGAACGAGUGACGGAGGGAGGGUGAGGAAGGAUGGAGAGCACCUCUUCGAUCAGCUGCUGAUCUAUAACAGGCGUUUUUGAGAAAACAAAAGCAGGCAGAUGGCGAGAGACAAAAAGAACCAUGCACCAUGAAUGACAACGGAGCUGUUAGAUGACCUCGGCAACCCCCCUGGAGUAGAGGCCAACGGAGGUCCGUGGGAGCUGCUGACAGAGAGAGAGAGACAGACCGAGAGACAGAGACAGAGACAGAGACAGACACACACACACACACACACACACACACACACACACACACACAGAACUCUGUCAGUCCACUGGGUGAGCCUGGAGACGGACUACAAAACAAAGGAGCAAACAAACAGUGCAACUCUCCGCCCUGACGUGCAAAUGAACUGUCAAACCUCAAGGACCCAAACCGAUAUAAACACAUAUGCGUGUUUUUCUGUCUCCAAUUUCAGGCCUUGUUUGGAAUCUGAAGAAAAUGAUGACAGGGCCGGCAUAUUUUCUCAGCAUAUCAUGGUUUUUGUAGCGAGCUCUACCAGACCGACGCAUUUUCCUUUUUUUUCCUUAACUCCCGCAAAAACACACACUGACUGAAUUCACCUGUAGCCAAGCCUUACUUGUCAUCGUUACAACACUUGUGGAUUGCAACAGACAUUGCCCAUCCACAUUCUCCGGAGAAACAGCAUAACUUACUUUUGAGUCGCUUCUAUUUUGCUUCCUGGACUGUCGUCAUAUAAUUAUGCUAAGUCUUUGUUUUUGUUUGACACUGGAUGGUAUGUUUUUUCCGACAUUUUUGAAAGUUCUCUUGAGACCGCACUGGCUGAACCCUUCCCUGAGCUGACCAACUCUAAUGGAGGGCUAUGGGGAAUGGCGGGCGAAAUAUAUAGCAAAACCACUGGACAUUAUUUCGAGACAUUUGGUGGGGUUGCGCAGGGAACAAUGCUCAAACUCCAGAGACUAAUCACUUUUGUCUGUGCGCUGCUGCUUAUGUUAUAAUUCUGUCCAUCAUCAAGACCUUUCCGUCCAGUCUCAGAUUCACUGAGACGGAGACAAACGCUGCUUGUUUGAAUAUGAGUGUGGCAGCAAGAUCAGCUGUUGUAGACUCUAAAGUGCUGCCACAAGGCAUGAGGAGCGCAGUGUCCGCAGCUGAGUCACCAGCCGUGGGCGCUGCGUCUUCCUCUACCGACCGGCCCAUGUGCGGCUCAGCUGCGGCGCGCUUCACCGUGCGGUCUGCCAAUGACCUGACAUACCAAGAUGUCAGGAGGACCGGAAUGCGGAACCGUCCGACCAGCAUCCACCACGAGAAGGAGAAGGACAAGGACAACAGGGUCGAGGCCGAGAGGGCGAGGCCGAGGCAGAGGAACGAUGUGGGAGAAACGGCCAAAGCAACCUCUGGCAGUGCCAGUCACCAGCCCAGUGCUCCCAGCAGCACAGACGUGGCUGCCAGGGAGAGAGGCAGACCUCAGAGCCGAGUCAAAUUUACACACGACACCAAAAUGGCACAUGACCCAGUGGGAACCGGGAGUGGCACUGCUGGCGAGGUCAAAAUCGUGGGUGGCGGUGGCGGUGGCAGCGGUGCCAAUUUGGAUGAACCAGGAAAGGCCAACGACCAAUUGGGAAGAGGAAGAACGGAGUGGAGAAAAAAGGACAUGCAAAGCAGAAGCAAGAGUCUGGACUGGAGGGGACAGGACAGGAGCAGACCAGGAACACACGACCUGUCAGGGUCCACUGCCUCUGCCAGACGCGGCGAGAGCUUGGAGAGGAAAGACGCUAGAAACAGCAGCCUUGACAGGAGGGCGCUGUACAAGGACUCUGGUAGAGCAAACAGCGUGUCUUCACGAAUACAGGCUUUCAAUGCCUUACGAGAGAACGAAAAGCCUUUGCCCUCACUAGGGGAAGAGGUCAAGGGGACGUCUUCUUUGAGGUUAAACCGAGUGACCCCAACAGUCGAUCGGACAGGAGGGGAUCGGUCUUUGCCACUGAGACUCAGGUCUCAGGACAACCACAGAUCACCUGUGGAGGGGAUUUACCCGUGGAGGCAAGCCAGUCAGGAGGACUCGAGCCCGACUGGGGCUAAACCUAAAGCGGGGUCUUUGUUGAGAGACCUUGGAGCCAGCGGAUCAAAGCCCAGAGAAGUGACUGGAAACCAAUCCAUCUCGGAUCGCAUCGAGAAACUGAAUGCAUCUUACGAUGCGAAAGCCAAGCGCCACUCUGCUCCGGUGGGUGACUGGCUUGACGGGUUGCCUCCAGAUUUGAAUGUCAGUUCUUACCAGAGAAGGCCAUCAUCACAUGCAGAUAUUGUCCUCUCUCCUCACAGCGUACAAAAGGGUGGAACUUUCCCUCGGCGAUUUUCUCACAGUGGCAGCAAUUUAUCGACUGAUACUUCAAACCCUUCUCAAUCCGUCCUUUCCAGGAGGGAGACCUCGCCCAGUUUGUUCACCUCUGCCACACCAUUGUCCUCUCGGUAUCGGGAAAGGUCCGUGGAGAGAAAGACAUUUGACCCACCUGACGUAGGUCUCUAUACCAAGUCCUUAGACAGAUCUAGGAGCAGGCUGUCAGCCACAGCUCAGCUGAAACAUCUGAGAGAGACAGAAACGCCGUCCAAAGACUUCAGGAAGGAGUCGAUUCCUACCGGUGAAAAAAGCAGAGGCGUCGUCAUGGAGAGGAGUAUAAAAGAAGCCGAGCCAGAAGGGACGAUAGAUAAGGAUGUCACAGACGGGAAGGCAAAAGAAAGUGUGAUGGGCAGGAGAGAUGGACUGCGGUUGAAAACAGACCAACUCAGCAGGACAAAAGACUCUCAAGAGACAGCCACAGCCAUGGCUAACAAACCACUAGUAGAGUCAGAGGUUAGCAGGGCUCCAUUGAAGGAACACACCUCGGAUAAAUGCUUGACCAAUCCAUCAAAAGGCCAGACUUCUCCCACUAGAGUAUUGAAGAGUGUUACAGAAGACGAGGAUGUGUUUGACUCUGCCGUCCAUCCAGGGAAAGGUCAGAUCAGGAGGAAGGAUGCCAUAAAGAGCAAGUUCAGCACCCCUUCUCUGGACUCCGUCCGCAACACCAUCCACAAGUUUGAGGCCUUGUCCCAGAAGACGCAAGGCGCCUCUCAGUACCUGACCCCUAGGAGGGCCCUCUCUGUCCCGGCGCAUCCGAGCGACAGGGGAGGCCUGAAGAAAAGUGAAUCCGAUCUGGCUGUGGGAGGCAAAAUGCAGAAGGGGAAUUCCGGAAUCCCACAACAGGACAAAGGUUGGGCCACGACCAGAUCAAUUUCUGUGGAUGAGGUGGGACUGAGGCAACUUAACUCUGACAGAUUUGAAAUAGAAACUAAAACCCUAAAGACCUCCUCAAAUGUGCCACGUCCUGAAACUCUUGAAAAGGAUCUCAAUGGGAGAAACCUGGAUGAGCUAGAUUUCAGUAAAUCCGCACACAAUCCGUCCCCCUAUCACAAAAACAAUCACAAUAACAAUUCCAAUGGAGGAUUCACGUUGGACUUCAAUAACCCCGAGACUCACAGGCGUUCUAACGUCGUAAAUGAUUCUGAAGAUGCAGAUAAGACGCCAACUAACUCUCCCGACAGCCUUCAUUUAUUCCUUGGCCUCAAUGGUAAUUUGGCCACAUCGCCCAAGACAGAAGCCUUGUCAGACAGCAUCCUCCAGCCACAAAGCCCUGAUUCUGAGCCGCCCACCCCCACAAACAGCUUCCAGCCCACUAAGGCAUCAGUGUUUGUUCGUGGUCCAGACAGCCUGGCCAACUGCCCUCCUCUAGAUAGGCUGACUCUGUUGGAUAAACCGGGGGAUUUGGGGCCUUUCAGCGUAGCCAUGGCCAGAUGGAGCUCUGAUGAAGAAGAUGACGAGGAUGAUGAUGAUCACUCGGACUCGGAUGAAUCGUCUUUGACUAUCACCAGCAACAUGAGCCAGUCGGAUAGGAGAAGUUUCUCUGUUAGCCUGGCCGAGCUGUGUAACUUCGGAGGAGUGGACUACUCCCCCUCGGACAGCGAGGAGGAGGCUGACGACUGGCCCUGUGGUCGCUCCGCCUCGCUCAGCUCGGACAUCUCGGCCCUGUCCUGUGUGACUCUGCUGGGGGCCGAGGAGCUCGACAACCUCCUGCAGGACGUCAGGAACCUGGGGGACGACACCCUACAGAACUAUGAAGAUGUCCAGGUGGUGGUUCUACACAAGGAAAUGGGAACUGGCCUGGGCUUCACAGUGGCGGGAGGACAGGACCAAAACAAGCCAGUCACAGUGCACAAAGUGUUCCCACACGGUGUGGCGGGCCAACAGGGUUCCAUUAGAGAGGGUGACUUGGUGCUGUCAAUCAACGGCACCACGCUACAAGGCUGCGCCCACUGGGAGGCCCUGCGUACGGUGCGGAAGGCCCGGGGGAGGGACAUGGCCGUGGUGGUGCUGCAGCGGGGCGUGGUCGCCACCUCUGGCCAGAAACGCGGCGACACCGGGAAACCACCUCUCAACACAAACAAAGAGGAGUCAGGCCGGCAGCUACGUGUGACACUGAGGAAGCAGAGCUCUGAUCUGGGUUUCAGUCUAGAGGGAGGCCUGGGCUCUAAUUUGGGUGACAGACCCCUGACCGUCAAAAAGAUUUUCCAAGGAGGCCCUGUUUCCGACGUGUGCCCCGGUGACGAGCUCCUGGAGAUCGAUGGCCAGACUAUGGAGGGCCUGAGGCGUCUGGAAGCCUGGCAGCUGAUCAAGAAGAUCCCUCAUGGUCAGGUGGAGCUGUUGCUAUGGCGACCCCACACACCGCACUGAUAAGCUCAUCACCGUCCAUUGCCAUGGUGACUACUUACUUAACGAGUAUUCUUAAGCACUGGAAAACUUCUGUUUUUUUAUAAGCAGGCCGAAGAGAAGGUUUUUAUUUGUGUGUGACAACAUUCUUUGUUCUAAAAUAAUGCAGUUUUUUAUAUCAUUAUAUGUUUACCUUAACGUUUACCGUAAUGCACAUAUCUGUCCAUCCAUGAAAGAUAUAUUUUUCUGUGUAUGUAUUAAUAAAAUAAUGGAAAAUUAA